GUUCGUGGCAAUAGCAAUUAAUGACACGCUAUAUAAACAGCUCACAUGCCUUUUCGUUGUGCAUCUAGGGUUUUCGUACUUAACUAGCUCUCAACUGAUACACCGCCGCACAACGAAGAGAGCUUCUCCUCCUCUAGGACACUACCAUGUCGCUGGUCGCAAAUGAAGAUUUCCAACACAUUCUUCGUGUUCUCAACACGAAUGUUGAUGGGAAACAGAAGAUUAUGUUUGCCCUAACCUCCAUCAAAGGUAUCGGCCGCCGUUUUGCCAACAUCGUCUGCAAGAAAGCCGAUGUCGACAUGAACAAGAGAGCUGGUGAACUAUCAGCUGAAGAGCUUGACAAACUUAUGGUGAUAGUUGCCAAUCCCCGCCAAUUCAAGAUUCCAGAUUGGUUCUUAAAUAGACAGAAGGAUUACAAGGAUGGGAAGUACUCUCAGGUUGUAUCUAAUGCAUUGGACAUGAAGCUGAGGGAUGAUCUUGAGCGGUUGAAGAAGAUCAGAAACCACCGUGGUCUUCGUCACUAUUGGGGCCUUCGAGUGCGUGGGCAGCACACCAAGACCACUGGCCGCAGGGGGAAGACUGUUGGUGUCUCCAAGAAGCGAUAAUUUGGUUCUUUUUGUUUUUAUUUCUCCCUUGGCUUUCUUGAUACUCUGCUGUUCUAAGAAUUUUGGAUUUCUGAAAGAACUUGGAAUGUCUUAGAAUGUUUAUUUCAGUGAAAUUUGACAUUUUGUACUGCGCA